UUUUAUUCGUUGAGUUUGGGCUUCAUACGCGCUCUGGGCUACUUCAGAGAAAUAAUCUGGCCGGUCGCUACCAGGCUUGCAUUGUUUGUACCUGUGUGUACACAGACAAGAAGGAGAGAAAUAAACUUCGGAGUAGACCUUUAACGGCAUCUACAGAGGACUCAAAAUAAAUAAAAUUCAACUAAUAAUCUAGUUUAUAAGUAUAAGUCCGCAGUCACAGAAAUCGUAACUAAUAUCUUGAAUGUUUUGGAAUUGAUAACUGUCUGUUACUAUAUUUUGAAUUGGUAAUGGCAUCGAGACGAGUAAAAAAAUCAAAGAGUGGAGAAAAGAAGAAUACGCUUUCGCAAAAACAAAAACAUCAACAGAGUAAAGCGGAGAAUUAUGUAGAAACUUUGGAAAGUAAUGGUGCACCUUUUGUAAAAAUUAUUGAGCAACCAGCAAGUAGAAUGGUGAGAUUUCGUUACCAAUGCGAAGGGCGCUCAGCAGCAGCAGUACCGGGCAUGAGCUCAACACCGCGAAAUAAAACUUAUCCUGAGAUUGAAAUCGUUGGCUAUAAAGGAGCUUCUGUAGUUGUAGUAUCUUGUGUAUCCAAAGAUGCACCGUAUAGGCCACAUCCAUAUAAUUUGAUUGGAAGAGAAGGUUGCAGACGUGGUGUAUAUACUGUUGCCAAUAAAACGGGGACAACGCGCAUAAAAUUUUGUUCCUUAGGUGUACAAUGUGUCAAGAGAACAGGUGUCCAAGCAUCUUUAAAAAUACGUGAAAAUAUACGCGUCGAUCCCUUCAAAACUGGAUUCGAACACGCUACUGAAGCGAUAUUUGUAGACAUGACAGCGGUUCGUCUAUGUUUCCAAGUAUUCAUUGAAGACUCUUCAGGACGUUUCACAAUUCCUCUCAAACCUGUCGUUUCGGAACCAAUUUAUGAUAGCAGGGCUGUAGCAGAUCUUAAGAUAUAUCAGAUGUGCAGUUCGUCAACAGCGCUUGGUGACAAGCCAAUUAUCUUACUCUGCGACAAAAUUAUUAGGGAGAAAACAAUGGUGAGAUUUUAUGAAGAGAAAGGUAGCGACGUUAUCUGGCAAUCGUAUGGAGACUAUCGACCAUCUGAUAUACAUAGGCAAACAGCAAUUAAAUUAUACCCUCCGCAGUAUCACAAUCUAGAUAUAACAGAGCCUGUUCAAGUAUACGUACAACUUGUAAACGUGGACGGUUUUGCUAGUGAACCUUGUCCCUUCAAAUAUAUGCCUAUUGAUUCGGAUGAAGUGUUAUUAAAGCGUAAAUGCAAGCGUAUUGGUCUUGAAAUUGGCACGGACUCAAAGAAAGAACAUGCUUCUAGAGGGGAUUCUUUUAGAAACAUCGUGGAGAGUUGGUUGAAGCCUAAUAUAACAAGGUCGCUCUCAACUCACUCAAAGGAAGAUGUAUAUACGGAAACAUCGUCUAGCGAUGAAACUUUGGAAAGUGCUUACAGCAGCAUUCCCGAAGUAAUCAGUGAUGUAAUUUCUGUCAGAAUGGCGACUAGCGAAGACAGUAAUGAUUCCGUGGCUAAUCAAAAACUUCAAACCCCUGCACAUCAAUUACCAACAAAUUCUAUACCGAAUCAUCAACAACAACAAGCAUCACCUAGUAAAUCAGAUUAUCAACAUGAAUACUUUCAGACGAAAUCAUCUAGCAUGCAACAACCACAGAGUGCCUCCUCACCUUUAUCGCUUGGACCAAAAUUGUCUUUCAUCGAAACACCUAAACCUGAAUCUCUUCACCUGCAACAACAUCACUUAAAGCAAACUCCACCACUCCAUCAUGAAAAUACUCCACCACGAUCACAUAAUUUACAACACCAACAUCUCUCGAUGAAAUCAGCCCAUAAACUGCCUCUCCAGAUUAACUCAGCUCAACUGCAAUCUUCAGAUCAUCUGCCGAUAGAAUCACAUGGGCAUGAGUUGAGACAAAAACAAAAUUUGUCAAUCUCAUCGCCUCAUCAAACGGAGCAGUCGCCUCAGCCACUAACUGUCCGGUUUGACUCUCCUCAGCUGCAACUUUCAGGGCAUUCAACGAAGGAAUCACAAGCGUUCAAGCGUUCAAACAACAACUUAUCAAUGCGAUCGCCUCAUCAACCAUCUCCGAAUGAAAUACAGGAUUUGUUAGAACAGCUACCCCUCCGGUUUGACUCGCCUCAAUUGCAAUCACCGACGGGAUCACAACAACAAAACCUCGCAGAGCCUUCUCCUCAACAACCUUUCAGAGAAAAUCCAGAGUUGCGAAAGCAAAAUCAAGCAAUGGUGUUGUCUCAGAUGCAGCAGCAUCUCCCGAAACAAUCACCUCAACAUGGAAAUUUUGCCACAGAAUCACAUAAGUUACAACAACAACAUCUCUCUAUGAAAUCAUCUUAUUCUCUUCCUCCCCGGAUGGACUUAGCUCAACUGCAGCAAGAAUAUCUCUCAAUAGAAUCAGAUGAACAUGAGUUGAAACAGAAACAAAAUAUGUCAAUGUCAUCACCUCAUUCAUUGGAGCAAUCACCUCAGCCACUACCUCUCCGGCUUGACUCACCACAACUGCAACUUUCAGAACAUCCUGCGAUGGAGUCACAUGAGCCCAAGCAACAACGAAAUAUUCCAAUACGAUCACCUCAUCAAGAAGCUCCGAAUGAAAUACAAAUACAGGAAUUGCUAGAACAGCUACCCCUCCGGUUUGACUCGCCUCAGUUGCAACUUUCAGAGCAAACACCAAUGGAAUCACAUGGUUUAAAACAACAGCAAAAUUCCUCAAUGGCAUCGCCUCUUCAGCCUUCUAGAAAAACAGACGAGUUAAAACAACAAAGCUACCUAAUUCCAUCAUCUCAACAACUACAAAAGCAGCAACCAAUUCAGUGGCCACAACAACUCGAAAAGCAUUCGCCUCUACAUUCGAAUUCUCCUAUUAAAUCGCAUGAUUUCGAGCAGCAACAGCUCUCAAUUCAAUCACAUUUACAGAGAGAUUCACCUCAGUUGCAACAACAAUAUAAUCAGAGGCAAACACAACAUUAUCCACAACAAUAUUAUCCGAAGCCAAUAGCUCAUCCAAUGGAAUCAAUUGAGUCAAAGCAACAAAGCCAAACGACACAAUCAUCUCAACAACAGCAAUCUCUUCAUAUGAACACAUUUCAGGUGAAACAAAAUGUCUCAGGACAAGCACAACAACAAAAUCUUCCGAUGAACUCACCUCAACAGCAACAACAAAACGUGCUGUUACCAAAUUCGAAUCUACAACCGCUGGGUGUUAAACCUCAGCAGCAGUCUCUGCACCUGCAGCAAAUGCAAUCUCUUAUGCUUAUGUCGACUCAGUUGCAGCAGUUGCAACAACAACAGCCCCAUUCCAAUCAACAACUGUUGCAACCGAAUCACAAUACUAUUGCCCCUUUACAGGACGGGAUGGUUGCGACUGUUCUUGCCAACGCAUUUGCAUCUUUGUUGGAAAAUUAUCAGUCCAAAUUUCAACAACUCAUCGCAGCUACAGCAAAUACCAUGCUGCAGAGUGGACAGUGGAAUAUUCCGCCAACAAAUAAUGCCGUAAAUAUGCUUGCGCAGAUGCAGACUCAGCAACAGCAACAGCAAUUGAUGGUGCAACAACGGCAACAAUCACCAGCACAUCAACAACUGCAAGAAAUUUCACAAAAUAUAGAACAACAACAAGCUCAGCAAUCGCCAGCACAUCUACAACAUUUAGAACAACAACCACAUCAAGAGUUAGCUCGAGCAAAAAUUCAGCAGCGGCCCAGCAACAAUACUCAUUUCGAAAAACCAACAAAUCGUGAGCAAUCGAAUGAUCAUGCUUUACAUAACUUAUUAAAUUUAGAGGAAAAUGCCGGUAGCAAUUCGAUCCCAUCCAGCCCUCUCUGGUCCUUCGAUACUUGAGAUGAAAAAUGUAUUUGAUAUUUUUGUUAUUUUUAUAUAUAUUUUUUUUAAUAAAAAAGUUAACUAAUUGGUAUAUAUAUACAUACAUAUAUGCACAAGUGUAUCUAUUACAAAUGCUCCAUGAAAAUAAUUAAUCGGUGUCUGCGAUGGUCUUGCUUACUGGUACGAUUAAAUUCCUCAUAUGAGAAGUCAAAUAAUAGUUAGAUAAGUUUUAAAAAAAGAUUAAGCGAUUCAUUUUAAAAAAUUUGAAAGUGAAUGAAAAACAAACAAACGCCCGGUCGUACGUCCUUUGGAUCGGUGUAAUUAGAUUUUGCUGUUUAGUGAAGGUUUUUUGAAAUUCGUCCAUUAAUACAAUUAGUUAA